AUGGCUGUUGCUGAAAUAUUUCUCGCCGCAUUCAUCACAGUGCUAUUCGAGAAGCUGAGCUCUGCGGACUUGAUCAAGCUAGCUCGGUCGGAGGGACUUAUCUCUCAGCUGAACAAAUGGAACAACACCCUGCUCCAGAUCCAAGCUGUUCUUGCUGAUGCAGCCCAGAAGCACAUCACAGAUAGAGCUGUUCAAUUGUGGGUCAACAAACUCCAGGAUUUGGCUUACGACAUAGACGAUGUACUCGAUGAUUUGGCCACCGAAGCUAUGCGACGCAAAUUGAAUCAAGAAUCAAACGCCGGCACCAUGACUAGUAAGGUAUUGAAGAUCAUUCCAAUUUGUUGUACAAAUUUCUCUCCUACCAACAUUAUGUAUGGUCAGCAGAUGAGUUCUAAGCUGGAUGAGAUUACCUCCAAAUUGAAUGAUAUUGUAGACCAGAAAAAUCAUUUAGGCUUGAAUAUGAAUGUUAAUGUGAAUGUUGAAAGGUCACAUAUAACAGAGAAAUGGUCCGAGCAAACUUCACUGGUGGAUGAGUCCAAAAUCAUGGGUAGGGAAGGUGAUAAAGAGGCAUUGCUCGGGAAAUUGUUGGGAAAUGAAUCAUGUGACCAAAAUGUCAGCAUAGUGUCGAUAAUUGGUAUGGGUGGGAUUGGCAAAACCACUCUUGCGAAAAUUCUGUACAAUGAGGAGAAAGUAAAGGAUCACUUUGCACUUAGGACAUGGGUUUGUGUUUCCCAAGAGUUUGAUGUAUUUAAUAUUAGCAAGACUAUUUUUCAAGCAGUAAACGGUAAAAACGAAGAGUUUGCUGAUCUAAAUUUGCUUCAUGAGGCCCUUAAAGAAAAACUUUUAAAUAAAAGGUUCCUACUUGUUAUAGAUGAUGUGUGGAACGAAGACCAAAGUAAGUGGGAACUCCUGCAAUGCGCUCUUGUUGGGGCACCUGGAAGUAAAAUCAUGGUUACUACUCGCAAUACAAAGGUGGCAUCACUCAUGGACACUGAUGUAGCUUAUCAUCUUGAGGUUUUGUCAACUGAAGAUGCGUUGUCUUUGUUUGCUCAACAUGCGCUUGGUGAAAAAAGCUUUGAGAAUCAUCCAACACUUAAAUUACAUGGAGAAGGUAUUGUGAAGAAAUGUGGUAGAUUGCCUUUGGCUUUGAAAACUCUUGGGAGGGUCUUGAAGACAAAUAGAAGUGGUGAUGAAUGGGAGAAUUUGUUGAAUAGUGAGAUAUGGGAUAUACAAGAUGGAAGAGGGAUUUUUCCAGCUCUAAGACUAAGCUACUAUCAUCUCCCUCCACAUUUGAAGCAGUUGUUUGCAUACUGCUCAUUAUUUCCAAAGGAUUAUGUAUUUGACAAGAACAGAUUAGUCCUAAUGUAG